AACUUCCUGUGGCAGAGGGCGAUUGGGAAGAAGUGCUUCCGUGGCCUUGGUCCAUUAAUCAAUAAACAAGGCUCCUAGGCUUGACCUAGUCCUCGACUCCGACCUGUCAGAGUCAGGCAGCCGCGUAUACCACUCCUGGGGCAGGGCGGGAGAGUAUUGUCUGUCCUAGAGUUUUGCUAGCACCUUUUUAAAGUGAUCUUAGCUUGCUUCUUAUGUGGGAACUGCCUAGACUUCCUACUUUUCACUGCAGAAGCUUCUGAUCUACAGUUGCCAGAGACGGAAGCACACACCUUUAGGAGAUCGUUUACAUUAAGCUGGAGAGCCCUUCUCUGCUUGCUCUAAAAUGCUGAGGUACUGGGGAGAGAUACCAAUACCGUCAGGACAGACCAACAGAAGUUCCUUUGAUCUGCUCCCACGGGAGUUCCGUCUGGUGGAAGUCCAUGACCCGCCCCUGCACCAGCCCUCAGCCAACAAGCCGAAGCCCCCCACGAUGCUGGACAUUCCCUCAGAACCGUGUAGCCUCACCAUCCAUACCAUUCAGUUGAUCCAACACAACCGACGCCUGCGCAGCCUUAUUGCCACAGCUCAGACCCAGAGUCAGCAGCAGACAGAGGGUGUGAAGGCUGAAGAGAGUGAACCUCUUCCCUCCUGCCCUGGCUCACCUCCUCUCCCUGAUGACCUCCAGCCUUUAGACUGUAAAAAUCCCAAUGCUCCAUUCCAGAUCCGGCACAGUGACCCAGAGAGUGACUUUUACCGCGGGAAAGGAGAGCCUGUGACAGAGCUGAGCUGGCACUCCUGCCGGCAGCUCCUCUAUCAAGCAGUCGCCACAAUCCUGGCCCACACAGGCUUUGAGUGUGCUAAUGAAAGUGUCCUGGAGACCCUAACUGAUGUGGCACAUGAAUACUGCCUCAAGUUCACCAAGCUGCUGCGCUUUGCUGUCGACCGAGAGGCCCUGCUGGGACAGACUCCUUUCCCUGAUGUAAUGGAACAGGUGUUCCAUGAAGUGGGCAUUGGCAGUGUGCUCUCCCUGCAGAAGUUCUGGCAGCACCGCAUCAAGGACUAUCACACUUACAUGCUACAGAUUAGUAAGCAGCUCUCUGAAGAAUAUGAAAGGAUUGUGAAUCCCGAGAAGGCCACAGAAGACACUAAACCUGUGAAGAUCAAGGAAGAGCCUGUGAGCGACAUCACAUUUCCUGUCAGUGAGGAGCUAGAAGCGGACCUUGCUUCUGGAGAUCAGUCCUUACCCAUUGGGGUCCUCGGGGCUCAGAGUGAGCGCUUCCCAUCCAACCUGGAGGUGGAGGCUUCGCCACAGGCUCCAAGUGCAGAGGUCAAUGCUUCUCCUCUCUGGAACCUGGCUCACGUGAAAAUGGAACCUCAAGAAAGUGAAGAAGGCAAUGUGUCUGCGCAUGGGGUGCUGGGCAGUGAUGUCUUUGAGGAGCCAAUGUCAGGCAUGAGUGAGGCUGGACUCCCUCAGAGCCCUGACGACUCAGACAGCAGCUAUGGUUCCCACUCCACUGACAGCCUCAUGGGGUCCUCCCCUGUGUUCAAUCAGCGCUGCAGGAAGAGGAUGAGGAAGAUUUAACUGCAGAGCGCCAGCAGGAAGCCCAUGAGUAGUAAUUAGACUGUAUUCUUAAGUGUAGACCUUUGCUAAUGUCAGAGACAGUUCCUAACCUAGUAACAGUUCACUUUGCGUCGUUUCUGUACUUCUUUAAAACAACUAAGCCACCGUUCGCAGCUGAGUUGUGAUACUGACCUGGUAAUCAGACCAAAGUACUGUCCCGGCUGGUUUUAUCUCAGCUCCUCUCAGCCGUGUCUCUGGCACGCUUGAGAGGAGUCAUGCCACUUUGAUGCUCCUUGCAGAGGUGGGACACUGAGGUGCUUUGCUUAAAUUUCAAAGCUUGCAUAUAUUCAUGUAAAUAUAUGCAAUAUAUGACGUCUAUAAUAGACGUCAGCAAUUCAUUCGUCUAUUUUGUGUCGUCAUUGGGAACCCAGUAGCAAGACAGACAGUAACAGCUAAACUUAAGUCCAUCAGUCAGAGUUCAAACUAUUCAUGCUACUCAGGCCUCUUACAAAGUGAGAGCCGUGGGGACAGCUGUUACCCUUAUGCAGCUGUCCCCAGAGUUCUUUCUUUUCUAGAUUAUUCCAGCCAGCCUCGUCAUUUUUACUUUCCAUAUGCUCUUGUGCUGACCCAGACUUUUUUUUUUUUCGAGGCAGGGUUUCUCUGUGUAGCCCUGGCUGUCCUGGAACUCACUUUGUAGACCAGGCUGGCCUUGAACUCAGAAAUCUGCCUGCCUCUGCCUCCCGAGUGCUGGGAUUAAAGGCAUGUGCCACCCACGCCUGACUUUUGACCCAGACUUUUAAGUAUCUUUCACCAUGCACACGCUUUCACCUUUUCUCCUUGUGAAGGUGGCAAACAGGGCCCACCACAGCUGCCGGGUACGCAGCAUCUGGCUUUGCUUCAGAACAGCUGUUGGUUUGUUUCAGGUGUUUGUUUUGGUUGUUUUGUUUAAAAAGACAUUUGAGGAUCCAGAGAGAUGGGUCAGUGGGUAAAGUCACUUGCAAUUUAAGUUUGAUACCGGGGACACACAUGGUGUAAGGAGAGAACCAACUCCUCCAUCAUGACACACACACACACACACACACACACAUAAAAAUAAAUUAUUUUUGGAAAAAGUCA